UAUGAGUGAAUUUAAACAAAUGGAAAUUGAAGUAUUAUUUGAAUAUUUCAUAGUCGUACAUUUUAAAUUUCAAAGUGAGACACACAGAAAUAAUAAAAUAGAAAUUGUAAAAACUCCAUGAGGAAGAAUCCGCAGAUUAAUUGUAACCAUUUUAUUUAUCUUUCCUUAAAAAUUGUAGAGACUAUUUGCAUCAAAAAUUAGUAAGAAUAUAAGUUAAUAGAUAGAAAUUGACUAGUAAAAAAGUUCUAGAUGAGGAUCUAUUAGAACUUCUAAAAGUAAAUAUUUUUUUGGCUGAAUUAUCUUAUUCGAUUUGCAAAGAAGUACCAGAUCUUAAAUCUUAUCCACUUAGUAUAUAAUUUUACUAUUUUAAGCUUUUAGUGAGGAUAUCUAUGAGUGUUUGUCUCUUUCAGAACUUUAGGAUUACUUUAAUAAUUUAUAUAGUUAGAUAUCCACAAUAUCAAAAUUCUAGGAUGAGAAUAAAUAUGUUUUGUUGAGAAUUUGUAAUUCUAUGCUAAAAAGACUAUCAACAACACAUGACACUUUUUUAAGAGGAUAAGUUUAAAUAUUCUUGACCCAAAUAUUCUCAACUAUUCAUCCCUCUUUAAGAAAGAAACCAAUUAAUGUAAGAGAUAGAGGAUUUGAUGAAGAAGCAGUCAAAGUUAAUGCAUCAUUGCCAUAUUCCUUUUAUAAAAAUUUUUGGACUUUAUAAAAAUACCUUAAUAACUCUGAAUUAAUAUUUAGAAACAAAGUAGAAUUUGAUGAAUUAGGAGAAGAAGCUGGAUAAGUAUCAUAAGGAGUAUCUGAACCAUAAAGAACUAAAAAUCUUUAAGCUGUCAUUAAAGUAAUAAUGAGAGCAUUGCAAUAUUUCAAAGAGAAUCCUAUUGAACCUGAAAUCAUAACUGUUAAAAGGUUUCCUAAGUUUCUAACAAAAUAUUCUUUAUUCAAAAAUUAAUUAAAUGAUCCUUACUUUAGAAAAUUGUUCUUAAAUUAAGUUUUAUUGUUUAUUUUUGUAGCUGAGCUUGAAAAUCAAGAAGUAUUGAAAUCCUGUUAAUAUUUUAGAAAUAAUUUAUAUAAAACUUGAAAAUUGAAGUUCAAAAAUAAUUAGAUGAAUUAGGAGAUAAAUUAGGAGAAAAAGUUUAACAUUUAAUUGAUACAGAACGAACUUGGGUAUUCUAUUAUUAUAUCUCAGCGACUUUGGGUGACAGAAAAACAAUGCUUUGAUGAUGGAUAUGAAAAACUUAGUAUUAAAGCAUCUGAAAAAGCCAAAAAAAAAAGACAAGAAAUUUAGAAGAGAAUAUAUGAUGAUCUCAAAUAUAAAUAGACAGAUGCAUUUGAGUAUAUUCUCCAAGAUUAGGGAAGACCUUAUAAAAUUGAAACUAAUCCUAUUGAACCUGGAUUAAAUUAUUAUUUAAAUGAAGUGUUUUAUUAAUUAGACCAGAGUCGCAAAAUUGCUGACAAUGAAAGAUGUAAAAAUUUGAAAGAUUAUGCAUGGAAAUCAGUAAGGGUCAUAUCCAAAUUCAUGUUAAAAGAACUAAAAAUAACAAAUUUAAUCACACAGGAUUUGAAGCCAUUACCUAAUUUGGAAGAUAUAGUUGAAUCUUUGAAGAAUGCAGGAAAUGAGAUGACAUCCG